ACGAAAAACGAUCUGCAUAACUUGUAAACGACAUGAUCGACAUUUCCCUUUGGUGAUCGCGACACUUGACCAUGCCAUGCCUUGGCAUGCAGUGUAUGAUAAAGAAUGAGCGGUUCCGUACAAUCUUGGACACCUGGGAAUUUCCCGCGAACGUCGAAACCACCAGAUGAAGUGAAGAAAGCAGCGUAAGGAGCACCGGGAUUCACGACAUGCUCGUUCGUAAGUCAACUGCCGCAGCCGCUAUCCUUUCGAUCCCACUUUCGGAAUGGACAGCAUUGAAUGCAUCGGUUGGCGGUCGAUUGGCUACCACAACGCCCAUGGCACACCCGUGUUUCUCGACUUAUUUGAAUGGAAACGGAGAGAAUUCUCAAGCCCCGACAAGCGCAAUCACAUGCUCUCAGAUCAGGCGCAACACGGCCAACUCGUCUUUCAUCGCAGAUCAGCCUGGGGGAUAUAUUAUGCACAAUUUUGGGACCUGUCAAGAAACCAACCACGGCUGCUCAGUGACAACUUCCAGGUGGCUGCUCGGAACAAAUCUACCAGGAACAUGUUACCAAGGGAGUGUGCCGGACUACUUCAUCGACGUUCGCACCGCCGGUGAUGUCGCUGCUGGCCUAGCUUUUGCGCAGAAGCAUUCCGUGCCCGUCGUUGUCAAAAACACUGGCCAUGAUUAUAAAGGCCGAAGUUCUGCCCCGAAUUCGCUGAUGUUAUGGACUCACAAUCUUCGACCGCCGGUGCAGUUUAGUCCCGAGUUUCAACCAGACGGCUGUGAGGACUCUACUGGCCCUGUGCUAACCUACGGUGCUGGGCAAGGAUUCCUCGGGAUCUAUGAAGCUGCCCACGCAAAUGGCAUGAUGGCUGUAGGAGGCACAUCGCCUACUGUCGGUGCUUCGGGUGGAUGGGUCACAGGAGGUGGCCAUAGCGCGCUCUCACCGACGCAUGGACUCGGCGUCGAUAACGUCGUACAAAUGAAAGCUGUCUUACCAAAUGGUACCUUGAUCACCGCCAACCGCUGCCAGAAUCAAGAUCUAUUUUUCGCUCUGCGGGGCGGCGGUGGUGGUACUUUUGGUGUUUUAAUGGAGACAACCAGCCGUGUCUAUCCGGAAGUACCUCUGCAGCAUGUGGUGAUCCUCGCGCCAAGCCUCAAUGUGAUGACCGGCGUCGACAAGCUGGUGGAACUGCUCGUGGACAACACGCCGCGGUGGUCUGCCGACGGCUGGGGUGGAUAUAUGGCGGGUAUGGCGGGAGGUGGCUAUGGCAUCGGCUUCGCUCUUGUUGACAUGAUCACUCCCAAAUUGACCCUGGAAGAGGCGAAGAUCUCAAUGAAACCCAUCUUGGAUUAUGCGAACUCGUUCUUCUCGCACCUUUCUGUGCCCCUCAAAGUCGAAAUCAAGACCGAGCCCAACUACUGGUCUUACUACAACAGCCAGAGCGCGCAAAUGCUUUCCAACGUUGGCGUUGGUGGCUCCUCCGCCAUGGCCUCACGGCUAAUUCCCAAAGAAAGUUUCACCGCUCCCAAGAAAGCCGAACUGAUCGCCACCCUCACCGACAUUAUCAAGAACGCGCCCGUACCGGGAGGUUUUCUCAUGGUCCCUCCCGCCCAACACGAGCUUCCCGCAACUGAUCAAGCCGGCGGCCCAGGCGAAUGUAGCCUGACACCGGCCUGGCGCAAUUCGUACUGGCACAUGUUAUUCCAGAAGUCCUGGAGCCAAGGCGACGAGAAGUACGGCGGAAGCGGAAGCGCUUUGGCUGCGUUCAACGCGACGACAAUGUCGGCAAACAUGAUCCGCGCAAUCACACCUGAAGGCGCGUAUCAGAACGAGGGCGAUACUUUCGAGCCGAACCCGGCGGAGAGUUUCUGGGGUCAACAGAAUUAUGACCGUCUGUUUCGAAUCAAGCGUGAGGUGGAUCCGAAUAAUGUUCUGACGUGUCAUCAGUGUAUUGGAUGGAACCCUGACGAUCCGAGAUACAGAUGUUAUCCUCGGUUGUAAGACAUCUCGCAUGUUGGGGAACUCUCGAUUCUAAGAAUUUCGAUGUGGAUUUCCUUUGAGGCCCUUCAGACCGAAGUUAUAUAUAUGAUGUUUGACCUGAAAUUAGCACAUACGGCCACAGGCAGCUGAGAACAAGGGAUCCCGUCCGCUCUCCCAUAUUUAAGCAGCUGACCGCGAGAUUAGUACUACGGUGGG